AUGACAGAUGAUGGGUCUGGCGACCCAAAUCUUCAAAUCAAGCUAACACUCACCAUUCUAACCUUUCAGGACCCAAGCAAGCUUGGGUACCUAAAAAUAAGUAAUUUUGUUUUACAGGAACACCUCAAAAAGAAUCGAAAAGGAAAAUGGUAUCUCGACAGCGCGUGUUCCAGACAUAUGACUGGUGACAAACAAUUGUUCAAGACAGUCAUCAAACUAGACGGAGGAACAAUCACAUUUGGAGACAAAUCCAAGGAAAAUGUAAUUGGUGUCGGAAAAGUUCCUCUAAGCUCAACAUGUGAUGUAGAUGAAGUCUAUCAGGUUGAUGAACUCGGCUACAACCUUCUCAGCAUUAGUCAACUAUAUGAAAAAGACUAUGAGGUUCGUUUUAAGAAACAUGGUUGGUUUAUAGAAGAUGAAUCAGGUAAAGUUAUUCUUUCAGGAAUCUCUCACAACUUCUCUUCACCAAGAUCUCCGCAACAAAAUGGAGUGGUAGAGCGUAAAAAUAGAACCCUACAGGACAUGGAAAGGACCAUGAUUGUGGAAAAUUCUCUACCUCACUGUUUCUGGGCAGAAGCGGAAAGGAUCAUCAAAGUGAAUCAGCAAACUCAACCAGCUGAUGUACCUGUAGAAAUUCACGAAUCAUCUCAAACAGAUCAGUCGACUAAUGUAGAAAGAGAUGUUCCCUCAAACACCCCAAAUGACUCGAAAAGUGAACCUGGCUAUCCUCACAAGUUUAUUAUAGGAGAUCCAUAUGAAGGAAUCACUACAAGAAGAUCUCAGAAGAACAAAUAUCAUGUGGCUCUUAUUUCUCAACUUGAGCCAAAGAAAGUGGAUAAAGCUCUGAAAGAUACUCACUAG